GUGAGUGCAGUUCGGUCUGUUGUCCAGGCGGCCGCGCGUGCUGCCGACCGUGCCUGGCUGCAGUAUAUUAAAGGCGGUUAACGGUCAAAAAUCACAACGGUCAAGCUGAUCCUAAACGAUAACGGUGUCGUAUUUACUCCCCCCAAAAACCGUUCAAUCCUCCUCUCCCCCACCGGCACCUGUGUCCCCUCACAAGCCGGGAGAGAGGGGGGUCCAGAGCGGGGGGCGAGACAGCAAGGACCGACCAGCAUGGACCCCCAAGCUAAGAAUCGAACCGGUCCAAAGGCGGGGGGUUUCAGCGGGCGCUUGGCCUCUCUGGGAGCCGACGGGGGUGACUCGGAGUCCGGAGCCGGCUCAGAGGAAGCCGGAGUGGGCUGCUGCAGCGAUACGUUCAGCAGUCUGCCCGACAUGGAGCAGGAGACACUGGAGGAGAAAUUAAGAGGACUGGCGUUCAGAAAACAGACCUCGUAUCGGAAAGCGAUCUCCCGUUCAGGCCUCCAGCACCUCGGUCCAGCCCAACCCUCCCUGCCUCCUGCGUCCAACGGGCCCAACAAGGAGCUACGCACCAACCUGGACUGGACGGAGAACGCAGUGAACGGGGAUCACCUGUGGACGGAGACGAGUUGUUCGGGAGAGCUCUGUUAUCUCGGAGAGGACACCUGCCUGCUAAAGACCGCGAAGUCGGCCCCCAGGAGGAAAUGUGCUGCCUGUAAGAUCGUUGUUCACUCGGGCUGCAUAGAGCAACUAGAAAAGAUCAAUUUCCGAUGUAAGCCGACCUUCAGAGAGGGAGGAUCCCGGUGCCUCCGAGAUCAGAACAUACUGAGACAUCACUGGGUUCACAGACGAAGACAGGAGGGGAAAUGUAGACAGUGUGGAAAGAGUUUUCAGCAGAAGUUCUUCCACAGUAAAGAAAUAAUCGCCAUCAGCUGUUCCUGGUGUAAACAGGCUUUCCACAAUAAGGUGACGUGUUUCAUGCUGCACCAGAUUGAGGAGCCGUGUUCACUGGGGGCCCACGCUGGAGUCAUAGUACCCCCCUCCUGGAUCAUCAAAGUCAGGAAACCACAGAGCUCACUUAAGAACUCUGCCAGAAGAAAAAAGCGGACAUCUUUCAAACGAAGGACAAGCAAGAAGGGACUGGACGAGUCUAAAUGGCGUCCGUUCAUGUUGAAGCCUCUCCCUUCACCUCUCAUGAAGCCCAUCUUGGUGUUUGUCAAUCCCAAGAGUGGAGGCAACCAGGGGGCCAAGCUGCUGCAGAUGUUCAUGUGGAUCCUGAACCCUCGACAAGUCUUCGACCUGUCCCAGGGCGGGCUGCGGGAGGCGUUGGAGUUGUAUCGGAAAGUGCCAAAUCUGAGGAUCCUUGCCUGCGGAGGGGACGGCACGGUGGGGUGGAUCCUGUCCGCGCUGGACGAGCUGCAGAUGAACCCCCAGCCUCCGGUCGCUGUUCUUCCUCUGGGAACAGGAAAUGACCUCGCCAGGACGCUCAACUGGGGCGGGGGUUACACGGACGAGCCGGUGUCCAAGGUUCUGUGUCACGUGGAGGACGGGUCGGUGGUGCAGCUGGACAGGUGGAACCUUCUGGUGGAGAAAGGAGCUGCGCAGCCGGAGGAGGGCACACAGAACCUGCCUCUCAACGUGUUCAACAACUACUUCAGCCUGGGCUUCGAUGCUCACGUCACCCUGGAGUUCCACGAAUCCAGAGAAGCCAACCCAGAGAAGUUUAACAGUCGCUUCCGCAACAAGAUGUUCUACGCAGGAGCUGCGUUCUCAGAUUUCCUCCAGAGAAGCUCGAGGGAUUUGUCGAAGCACGUCAGAGUGGUGUGCGAUGGUACCGAUCUGACUCAGAAGAUCCAGGAGCUGAAGUUUCAGUGCAUCGUGUUUCUAAACAUUCCCAGGUACUGUGCUGGCACCAUGCCGUGGGGAAACACAGGCGACCACCGGGACUUUGAACCGCAGCGCCAUGACGACGGCUGCAUCGAGGUUAUCGGCUUCACCAUGGCCUCGUUGGCAGCGCUACAGGUCGGCGGUCAUGGAGAGAGGUUGCACCAGUGCAGAGAAGUCGUCCUCACGACCUUUAAGACUGUACCUGUUCAGGUGGACGGAGAGCCGUGUCGCCUGGCUCCCUCCACCCUCCGCAUCUCCCUUCGCAAUCAGGCCAACAUGGUCCAGAAGAGCAAGAGACGCACCUCUGUGCCCCUGCUCAACGAUAUUCAGAAGGUGUGUGCAGCUGAUCUGCGCCGCCUCUCUGCUCCCCCUGACUCCUUCUCUGUCCCUCACGCGGUUCCUGAUCGUCUGCGUCUUCGAGUGAAUCGGAUCAGCCUCCAGGAGUACGACAGACUGCAGUACGACAAAGAGCGACUACGAGACAUCUCCAUCCCAGUAGGCAUCGUGGUGGUGAGGGGCGACUGUGACCUGGAGACAUGCAGACUCUACAUUGACCGAUUACAAGAGGACUUACACCAGGCGCCAUCUACUGGCCACAGAGUGCACUACCAGGAUGAGAGCAGAGGCCUCCCCAGGACAAGUUCCACCAGCAGACUGUCUCCCAACUGGAGCUUCUUGGAUUCCACAUCAGCUGACCGCUUCUAUCGCAUCGACAAGGCUCAGGAGCACCUCCACUUUGUGACGGAGAUCUGUCAGGAGGAGGUGUUCAUCCUGGACCACGAGGGCCCGGUGGUGAGCCAGACGUCGUCCACGGGGAUGCCUGAUCUGGUGGUGGAGCCUACUGCUGGUGUUUCCUUGACAUCUGAGGAACAAGCCCUGCUCACAGCCGCCAGUACAGGAGAUCUUUCUAUGCUGUCGGAGUGUGUGCGUCGAGGCGUCAGCUUGUUGGUUAGAGACUCUGCAGGAUGUUCAGCGCUGCAUAUAGCGUCUCUGAACGGACACGCAGAGCUGGUCAGCUUCAUACUGCAGCAGGGCUCGAAGGUGCUUCUGGAUUUGACGGACAGAGAAAAAGGGGACACUGCCUUGCACAAAGCAGCCUCAGAGAAGCAGCACGCGGUGUGCCGGUUGCUGCUGGAGGCCGGAGCGUCGCUCGAGAAGACCAAUUUCCAGGGGAAGACACCAGCGGACCAAGCAGAGGGAGACUCGGAGCUCGCCUCCUUCCUGAACGCCCAACAACACACAUCUUCUUCUGCCGCACACGAAGACUUAGAGACGGCUGUCUGAGGCACACACACACACACACACACACACACACACACACACACUCUCUGGACUCUGCACACGCUCGUAGACGAGAUGCAUCUGGGAGAUGAAGGAACAGUUGUGGCUCCGCAGACGAGAGACGCACCGCUUCGUCUCACAGCUGCUCUGGACGUUUAAAUGGUCAACUAUUUAUUUGUAUUUAUUUAUUCAUAUUCUAUUUAUUGGUCGUGUGAUUGAUUGACCGAGUGAUUGGUCGUUAACUGUUCAGGAUGCAAGUGCACUUUGAGCAGCCGCCGUGAGUUCACUAGGAGCCAAACUCGUGACAAUUCAUACUCAGAGCGGAUUCACUCAGCGAGGAAAUGUGUUGAUCAAACAUGUACAAGCAGUUAGAGAUGUUGAAAAUAAUCAAAAGAACUUAAGUACUAAAGUUUUAUAUUCGUUUACCCCGUGUGUGCCAAAGACAUUACACUGAUGUGGUGUCAUAUCUAUUUAAUGUUCCCACCGUCUUAUCACAGUGGUUUGUUUGUCACAUGAACCUCUGCUUCCACACAACUCUGUGAUGUCUCCAUCGUUACUGGGUCAGGACAUUAGGAAGCUAAAACAAAUGCAUAUAAGUUUAACUGUCUCGCUUUAAGUACAGAAGGAUUUUAUAGCACCUCGCUUCACACGCUCACGUACAAAUACCAGAAACUGUAACGAUGACAGGCCGGAGGCGACGGCGUGAGACACGAGGCUGAGUCCAGUCUGCACAGGGAUGUUCUUACAAGCCUUUUUAAAAUGUGGCACGGACUUUAUUCCACAGUUGGCAAAGUUUCAGCUCAGGAGGGGGGAAAAACAACAACACAUGAGUUCCACAUUACCCACAACGCAGCCUGAUGAUGAUGAUGAUGAUGAUGAUGAUGAUGAUGGAGGAGGACAGACCAGACUCUGUUUGAAAGCAUCACUAACUCCAACUGCCGUCAAACAUUUAAACGUUUCAUACUGUAGUACUCCUGACCUGACGAGGCUUUUCUCAUGCAGUGUGUCUGUGUGUGUCUGUGUGUGUGUGUGUGUCUGUGUGUGUGUGUGUGUGUGUGUCUGUGUGUGUGUGUGUGUGUGUGUGCUUGACAAUAUUCCUCAUUCCAUAUCAAACCUGAAAAUAUAAGUUAGUACAGCUGCAACAGGACCAGUCUGCUCUCUGUGCAGCAUGUACAUAACUACAGUGUGUGUGUGUGUGUGUGUGUGUGUGUGUGUGUGUGUGUGUGUGCGUGUGUGUGCGUGUGUGUGCGUGUGUGUGUGUGUGUGUGUGUGCGUGUGUGUGUGUGUGCAGCAUUUAUCCAAGAAGAAAAGAAACAAUCUGAGCCAUAUUCAAUGCAAUAUGAAUAGAUGACGUCUUUUUGCAUUUCUAUAUUAAUCGUUUACAUUACAUUAAUGUUUUUGACAUCGUCGACCGUUUAGCACCGAGGAGUAUUGAAUGUGCGGUUUUACUUCAGUGCUGGUUGGGUAUAUGAUUGUCUCGUUGUUUUAUUUUGUGUCCAUGGGUUGGCAGACAGCCCUGUGACGUGUCUUUUGAUAUAACCUGCUGUAAACUAAAUUGAUGUAUAAAGUAGGAACUGCUUUCCAAAGUAUUUGUGGGAACAUUGAAAUAUUUUUGAAGACUGUUUUUCGCCAUCGCAGAAGUCUGAAGGCUUUUAAUCUGCUUUUAUCUUUACCCUUUUUAAAGCUGCACGGGGAGUUUUAUUGAGAUUAAAGCUGUGACGCACUGAAAGAAACAUCCUUUUGUUUAACGUCUGCUUACUAGGUUUCUUCCAGAGCUUUCAGCCAUAUUACCUGGCCUUCCUCGAUGAGGCUGAAAGCUCUGGAGGAAAUCUAGUAAAAGAUAUUUCCAAUGUGAAAAGUAACCUUCCACCUUUUUAGCUUUUUUAAGUUAUAAAUUACUUUUUAAAUUGUCCUCCUCAGCCUGUGAAAACAAAUAAAAAUGAUAAGGCUUUGAAAACUACAAAGUAAAAUUGAUUUUCAAAUAAAUUUAGUAAUCUUAAAUAUACUUAUAACAUAUUUUCUCACAAAAGAAAAUAAUAAUAUUUGAAUAGACACUGCAGCCAAUCAGAAGCCAGCUUUCCCCCGGGGGCGUGGUCUAAUUUAAGAUGUUUUUUUUACUUUGGGACGAAGAUAUAAAAUGUAUUCGUGUUAUAAUAUAUAUAGUUUUAUCAGUGUUACAUUCAGUAUUAAAAGUAACACAAUUAUAUUUAGAACAAUCUUCUGCAUUUCCUCGACUGCAUCCACAUUUCAAGCCUUUCAAAGUAUUUCCUUUUUUAUUUUAUUUUACAAACGUUGACGCUGCAGGACUUCUGCGAUGGCCGCCACUGUCACCACCUGCCACUGAGACGUCCUCCGAGUGUCUGGAGAUUACACAACAGGCACCGUGUGUAAAUGAAACCCUGAAUGUGUGAAUGGCGAUGACCUUUUCUAUGAAGUGACUGUGGAGGAAAGCUCGGCCCGCUCUGAACGAUGCUUCUUAUCACUCUAUCGAGUAGAAACGUUCUUAUUUUACUGUAUUAAAUUGUGUCUCAUCAGCGUUGCUUUAUGCAUGGCAUUUUCUUACCUCCUUCCUCGGGAUUAUUUUCUGGUCUUGGCAUAAAAGAUGGCAUUAUUGUUAAGUUAUUAUAGUUUUAAUACCUGAGGUCCCUCUUGGGUUGGGUUUGCUUUUGUAUUUCUUAUUUUUCUGCUGAUGGUGAUGAUGAUGAUGGGAUUACUUGAAGUUUGUCGUUUUAUUUUAUUCAUUUGUUAAAAGAAGAUGUGAUGCUGUAA